CACAGAGGCAUAAAGCAGCCUCUCCUGGCAAAGGACAGUCAUCCUCUCAACCUGCAGGCAGAGCAAGCCCUGGGCCCUCACUCCACACCAGGUUUCCUGAAGGACCCAGAGCAUCAUUCCCUGCUCCAACUCUGUGCCAGGCACUGCCUUGGUACUGAUGCUACCGAGGUGACUAAGACCCAUUGCCAGCUGUCGGGGAAGUCGCAGUAGAGUAGGGACAAUGACCAUGUUUGAAAAUGUCACCCGGGCCUUGGCCAGACAGCUAAACCCUCGAGGGGACUUAACACCCCUGGACAGCCUCAUUGAUUUCAAGCGCUUUCACCCCUUCUGCCUGGUGUUGAGGAAGAGGAAGAGCACACUGUUCUGGGGGGCCCGCUAUGUCCGCACCGACUACACCCUUCUGGAUGUGCUUGAGCCAGGCAACUCACCCUCAGAUCCAACAGACUCUGGGAACUUUGGCUUUAAGAAUAUGCUGGACGCCCGAGUGGAGGGAGAGGUGGAUGUACCAAAGACGGUGAAGGUGAGGGGGACUGCCGGGCUCUCCAGGAACAGCACGCUGGAGGUCCAGACACUCAGUGUGGCUCCCAAGGCCCUGGAGUCCUUGCACGAGGAGAGGAAGCUGGCAGCAGAUCACCCUUUCCUGAAGGAGAUGCGAGAUCGUGGUGAGAAUCUGUAUGUGGUGAUGGAGGUGGUGGAGACGGUACAGGAGGUCACUCUGGAGAGAGCCGGCAAGGCAGAGGGCUGCUUCUCCCUCCCGUUCUUUGCCCCACUGGGGCUACAGGGAUCUGUAAACCACAAGGAGGCUGUAACCAUCCCCAAGGGCUGCGUCCUAGCCUUUCGAGUGAGACAGCUGAUGGUCAAUGGCAAAGAUGAAUGGGAUAUUCCCCACAUCUGCAAUGAUAGCAUGCAAACCUUCCCUCCAGAAGAAAAGCCAGGAGAGGGGAAAUGCGCACUUAUCCAGGCAUCUGAUGUUGGGGAGGUACAUGAGGAUUUUGGGACACUGAAAGAAGAGGUUCAGAGAGAGACCCAAGAAGUGGAGAAGCUGAGUCGAGUGGGGCAAAGUUCCCUGCUCAGCUCCCUUAGCAAACUUCUAGGGAAGAAAAAAGAACUCCAAGACCUGGAGCUUGCACUUGAAGGGGCUCUAGACAAGGGACAUAAAGUAACCCUGGAGGCACUCCCAAAAGAUAUCGUACUAUCAAAGGAGGCUAUGGAUGCUGUCCUCUAUUUCCUUGGAGCCCUAACAGUGCUGAGUGAAGCCCAACAGAAGCUUUUGGUAAAGUCCAUGGAGAAAAAGAUCCUACCAGUGCAGCUUAAGCUGGUGGAGAGCAUGAUGGAACAGAAUUUUCUGCAGGAUAAAGAGGGCAUUUUCCCCCUGCAACCUGAGUUGCUCUCCUCCCUUGGUGAAGAGGAACUGACCCUCACAGAAGCUCUAGUGGGGCUGAGUGGCCUGGAAGUGCAGCGAUCAGGCCCCCAAUACACGUGGGAUCCAGACGCCCUCCCCCACCUUUGUGCCCUUUACGCUGGUCUCUCCCUCCUUCACCUGCUAACCAAGGCUUCCUAAUGAAACUUCUGUCUGCCCCCUGCUCCCCAAUGCCUGCCCAGACUCACAGUGCUGUGUCCUUAAUACCCAAAGGCAUUUCAGAACUACCAGGACAAAGAGGACUAAAAUCCUAAUUGAUCACCCAUGAUAACCAAGUUCUACCUGCCCCACUCUGUAUCUCACCCUCUACCUCCACAACC